CAGAAUCCAAAAAACCCGAAUAGGUUCAAUUUUUUUUACCGACUUUGAAGUCUGAAAUUUGAGUGAUUCUUUCGAGUGAGCAGUAACUAGUUUGAGAUUUUUUUGGCGAAUCGAUCAUACAUUAAUGAUCUGUAAAGUGUAGACUGUAGACUCCGAGGCAGUUGGGGUGAUGAUAUCGCCAUCACUCCAAAAAUAGUUUAAUAUUUCGUGGAUCGAAGCCAGAAAAAAGAUAACUAGUGAGACAAUUACGUAUUGGCUUAGGAAAUAGAAUUGCCAAAUUCACCGGCUUUUUAAAUUUGAAAUUUGAUAAAAGUAAUUAAUUAUGCAGACAAUAUUAUUUCUAGUGUAUUUUAUAUAAUAGAUCCAAUUUACUGUCAUAUUCGAAACUCUACAAGUUUUGCAAUUAAUUUUUUGGACGAACAAUACAUACGGCAGAGAGAUUAUUCUAACCUACAAGAGUGUUAAUCUAUUAAGAUAUACGCAAUUUAUUUUUCAGAAUGAUUUUUGGUAUCGCUGCUGGCCGUUUGUAUGCAAUAUAAAUUUAGUUUAGGAUUCGAGCUUUCUUUUUACCAUUUGCUCAUCAAAAGAAGCUUUAUCUUUAUCAGCUAAGAGCAAGACGAUAAAAGAUGUUAUUUUGCGUAAGAGGUAUCGCGUUCACUAAUAAAUAUGUUUCUCCAUUUGUUGCAAGUAUGCAAGUAUGUAAUGUACGAGGUUUUAGUAACCGACAAUUGUUAAAACACCUGGAGCCUCUUGUAACAUCAACAAUUUCAAUCCAGUGUUUAGAUGCUAAUAGUUGUUCAAAUUUGUCCGUUCAAAUUAGAAAAACGACGAAUCUUUCAAAAAAUGCAAUAUCGUCGAAUAGUCCAAAUUUCCACUACAGUUGUAUACAAGACAAUCCAUUUUAUUACCGGACUAAUAUUAUAAAACAUAGCAUUAUUAGUAACAAUGGUGAUUCUCAUAUUCCUAAAGAGAAUAAACAAAUUUCUUGUAUUUUAACAAAAAAUCAACUAAUUUCCCCUAGUAGUAUAGUGCAUCACAAAUCCCAAAUGUCAAUUAGUAAUCAAGAAAAAAGUUGGACUUAUGUUAAUUAUAGAGAAAAUUGUAUAAAUUUAGGAAUAUAUACCAAAAAUAGAACCAAAAAUUUUAACCAUCUUACAUCAUAUAAUAAUAGUUUAGCUAUGAAAAAGGAUAUUAAAAAUGCAAAUGUUUUAUCGAUACAAACCAACAUGAAGAAGCAACCUUCUAUCGAUCAUCUAGAUUAUAUUUACGAUACACUGAGUAUAGAUUUACCGAUGUUCUUUGCAAAAUCAAUGAAUUACAUGAUUUACCAUCGAGAUAUAGAGUUUGUUAAUAAUCUCAGGGGAUCAGUCUCUACGGGUGUGUCGCAAUACGUUAAGCAAUUAGCUUUCUUAAGAUUCAUUGGACAUCUUAAAUUUGCAUACGUUAAAUUAGAAAUUCUCAAGAUAACGAAGCAUCCCGAAGAUAAUACAGUUAGAGUGCGUUGGCGUAUAAAUGGAGUAACUGGUUUUAAUAUUUUAUUUGCAGUUUGGAAAUUUAAAAUUUUUAAAUUAAAUAAAUCCUUAGAGAAACUUGAAACUUGGUACGAUGGAUAUUCUAUAUUCUAUGUUGGAGAGGACGGUUUAAUUUUUAAACAUAUAGCUGAUAAAAUGAUACCCGAUAACAAUAUAGAUGAUAAGUCUAAGCCAGAUGUCACUUCAGAAUUUACAUUUUCGAAUACUGACCUACAGUGUUUACUAAAUUGUUGGAAAAAUAAUAGCAAGUCAACAAAAAUGCAGUUAUCUUAAUUAUUUUUCUAAAUCACCAAUAAAUUUUAUGAACGAUCGUUAAG